GAUGGGAAAAUCUUUAUUUCCAAACUAAUUGAUAAUAAAUGGGUUACUAAAAAAUCCAGUAAAUAUCAUCAUAAAAGUAUUUAUACAAUGAUCUUAAAUAAUAAGGAAGAUUAAUUAUUUUCUGGUGGAUAAGAAGGAACAGUAGCUAUUUGGAACAUUAACUUAGAAGAAAAUACUAUUGUUUUUUCUUAUGAACUAAUAGAAUCUUAAUACUCUAUAUUUAGUCUAUGCAUUAAUCCAUCAGAUACAAGUCUAAUCUUAUCUAAUAUUAAUUAAACAUUAGUUCUUUGGACAAAAAAUAGCCAGACUAAAAAAUAUGAAAUUAGUGAUAGAUAUUCUCUAUCUAAUAUUGCCUAUAGAUCUUGUUUUAUAAAAGAGGAUUAAUUUGUAAUUUAACAUUCACAAAAAGAUGUAACUAGAGUAUUCAAUAUAAAUAAUAACAAAAUUAUUGAAAGAAAAGAUUUAGAAUUAAAAUUUUAUGAUACCCAACUUGAUGGAGAUUAUUUAUUUCCAACAAUUUAUAAUUAAAAAAAAUAAAUAUUAAUUUAAAAGUAUGGUAAAUAUGUAUAUGUCAUUAAAUAACUCCCUAAUGAAAAGCUUUAAAUUAUUUAAACUAUAGAUUGCUAAGAUAGUUUUAAUUAUGGAAAUGUAAGUGAUGAUGGAAAUAUCUUAAUUAUCUGGGAUUAUUAUUCUAAAAAAUUAAAAAUUUAUUCAUUUGAGAUUUAAACAUAUAAUACUCUUUUUAAUGAAACAGAAUAUUUAAGUUUUUAAACAUCCCAAUUGUAAUCGUAAUAAUAAUCGUAAUUUUAAGAAAUUUUGAUUUGA